AUGGGACCGACUUCUUUGCUUUCGGAUCUUCCACGUGAAUCUGGCCGGGUGGCGGUGAUCGAAAGCAGCCUAGCGACGGAGCUUGGCGUUUUUCAGUCGAUCAAGGAUCAACCUAAAUCGUGUGCUCUCAGUAGCACCAUGACACUACCUUCCCUUGCCUUUGUAGUGAAAUUGAAACAUGCCCUAACUUGGAUUUCACAGGCAACAGUCCAGGGAUUCCAGGCCAAAGGUUUUUCUCAAGAAGAAAGUGAAGACUUGCUCAGAAGAAGUGUUUCAAAUGUAUGUGAGGCGCGGGAUGUAUACAAGAGUAGAUGUAGUGAAUCCUCUUCUGAUCAUUUAGCAGAUGGUAGAAUUCUCAAAAAUCGGCAGAUCAUUGUUGCGGCAUCUUAA